UUGCUUUGCCAAUAGCUUUGUCAACCUAAAAAGAAAGAGCGUUUUUUGAAUCGAAAGAAAGAUGGAUAUUGGGAAAAAGAAUUGCACGACGCUCGUUAGGGCAAAGCAACUUGAAAUUUUAGAGAAAGGAAGAAAUCCAUGUAUCCCGUCACUCAUUCCGGUUGGCUGGUGAAAGCCUUUUUUAGCCGGACAUCUUCUACGCUGAGGAAGAAAAAGAUCAGAAGAGUCAAGAUCAAUGCAGACAAAGCCAACGAGAGUUCUGAACAAAUUAUCACAAGAAAGAGGAAAAAGUAUGAGAAAAGGAGGAGAAGAUUCAAAGGAGAUACCACAAAUAUAUUCAAAGGAUCCUAUUUGCAGGUUGAACAAGAAGUUAUACAGUUGCGGGACGCAUUCAAAAAUGUUUUUUUAGCACUUACUAAGAAAGAGAAGGCCCUUGUUGAGAAUGCUCUUCAUGGAUCUAACAGCAAAGAAGUCCUGGUGAUGGAUGAGAGCUCAAACAUUCAAAUUACCAGAGGAAUCAUUCAAUGUCUGAAAUCAGAGGGAAAGUUAAACGAUGAUGUAAUUAACCUGUAUCUAGAGCUGUUAAAGGAAAGGGAAAAAAGGGAGCCUACAAAAUUCUUAAAAUGCCACUUCUUUAAUACCUUCUUCUAUGUGAAGCUUACAGGUAGGGGAAAUUACAAUUACAAUGCCGUAAAGAGAUGGACAAGGCACCAGAAGAUUGGUUAUAACUUACUGGAAUGUGACUCUAUUCUUGUUCCUAUCUACAAGUUUUAUCAGCAACAUUGGUGCUUGGCUAUCAUCAAUAUCAAAGAAAAAAAAUUCCAGUAUUUUGACUCACUCAGUGGAAGAAAUCAUGAUGAUUCUGUCUUUAAUAUCCUGGCGCAAUAUAUAAAGGAUGAAGCAGAGGAUAAGUGUAGGAAAGAUCUGGAUGUGGAUAAAUGGAAACGGGAAUAUGUGGAAAACCUUCCUAAACAAGGGAAUAUCUACGAUUGUGGAGUGUUCUUGAUUAAGUAUGCUGAUUUCCAUACUCGUGGAAUGCCCUUUAAUUUCACACAGGCAGACAUGCCUUAUUUCCGUGAGAGAACAGCAAAAGAGAUUCUGAGAUUAAGAGCAGAGUGACUGCUGUGCCUGUUCAGAUAUAGUCUUGUUGGCAGGGAAUUCAUUAUGCAAAAAAUGUUUUGGACCUAGUGCUUGGAUAAAUAUUUUGGAAUGAAUUGAAAAGUCAAUGGUAGAGCAGUCUCUUCCAGUCAAUAAAAAUAUGCUUUCAGAUCUCAGAUUGAGAAAAAUAUUGAGAUGUUUCAUAUGCUCCUUUUCUGGUGGACAUCCUUUAUUUCCACAAGAGGGCAGCAAAGUAUAUUCUGAGACCAACAAUAGAGUGACUACUGUGCCUUUGCAGACAAAAUUUUUGUUGACCUAUAAUUCAGCCAAGGUUGUGUAUACUACAUGCUCUAAUAAGACAUUUUUCACUAAUUACAAAUGUAUAUGUGAACUUCAGGACAAGCUGAAAAGAUAUGAUCUGGCAAUGAUUACAUAUGUUCUCCAACAGUGAUGUAAUGGUUUUCUUGGUGGGCAAAGCCACACUUUUGUAUAUGUUGCGUAAAUACCUUUUGCUCUUGUCAGCAAUGAAAGCUUUGUAGUGAUCUGCGACUGAUUAUAUCUCAAUAAUAACUGGUAAUGAAACAGUUUUCCAGACUUCAGAGCAUGUCAUGUUUUGGCAAAAGUUUUAAUAUCAGCUGCUUGCCAAACUGAGCCAUACAAGAACCAAUGUUUGAUGACACAAUGUUGGUCCUCCAGCUUUGAUUAUAUGUCAGUCUCCAGCCCACCAAGAUCUUGGCAUUUUAUGAUUAUAACUAGUUGUCAAGAUAAUCUCUUGAGAUCUAAAGAAAACAGACAGUCGUUUCCUUUCAAAUGUAAUGAAUGGAAUGCCUUUAAAUAUUAAUUUGCUGAGGGAAAGUUUUUGGAAGAGUCGACAGAGUUGCAGUCAAUUUUUUCUGCUUUAAGAGAAAAAUUAUUGUCAAUCUGAACUACCUUAUUCAUUCCCAAUAUCAGAAAUAAACAAAGGGAAGAUUUUUGUUCUCA